CAGCCAGCUGCCAAAGCAGGGAUUCGCUUCCUUGAUGGCUGUUUCUCGGCACAACUUAGCGCUGCGACUGCCAGCGAGGCCGGGCCACGGGCUGCUCUGUGUUUACACCCGCGAUCCUUCAGCCCUACGGCGUUCCAUUCCUUUGAGAAGCAAUGCCAAAUUCGAGUAUCGCGCGUACUGUCGACAAUGUCUGUCACUCUGCACACAAACCUCGGUGAUAUCAAGGUCGAAGUCUUCUGCGAAAGCGUGCCAAAGACUGCAGAGAACUUUCUUGCUUUAUGCGCCUCGGGCUACUACGAUGGCUCUGCCUUUCACCGACUCAUUCCAAACUUCAUGAUCCAGACCGGAGCUCCUCCCUCACUACCUAAAGGAGGUGUAUCAAUAUGGGAAGAGCCAUUCGAAGACGAGAUUCGACCGACUCUACGGCACAAUGCGCGAGGAAUAGUCAGCAUGGCGAACAAAGGACCUGCAACGAAUGGCAGCCAAUUCUUCUUCUGCUUUAACAAAGCCCCGCAUUUAGAUGGAAAGAAUACCGUGUUUGGGCAUGUUCUGGGAGAUGAUAGUCUGGCGACAUUGGCAAAGAUGGAGAAGGUUGAGGUGGACAAGAAAAAUCGACCCAAAGAGCUGAUCAAGAUCGAGAGCAUUACGAUGCAUGCGAAUCCAUUGGCCGAUUGAAAGGUGGACGGGCCAUUGCAAUCAAGGUUAAGGGGGUAAGCCAGCAAGGGCGUAUGCUUCCAUGAGAACAGAAUGAGUUCAUGGUAAGGAGACUCCCGAUCAAGCAGUUGGGCAAGGGCCGCCAGACUGGCGGACGACCCAUGGCUGCUCCACCGGAGUCCAAGAUCAUUUGUAGGAUACAUGAUAUACCAGUGGGGACGCGCCGACUCCAAGAGCAAAAUUCCAAAAGGCAUUUCCAGCGGUCUAGCCUGUGAGCGUGUAUAUAUGAAGACUUUGCCGUGGCAAAUGAUAUGAGGAUGAGUAGACGAGGAUAUCAAUUCCGCAAGGGGUAAACUCCUGCGGUCUUUGGCAUUUGAUUUUUGUAAUGUAUCGGCUUUCUGUCCGUUUGUCGUCUUCAUAUUUUCUUUGGCUCUGUGGAGAUGUGUUUGAAGCCGUUUAUUAUCUAUACAAUAAGCAAAACAUUAAUACGGCCUACACUUCAACCAUCUCAUCAUCCUCCUCCUCCACCACUUGUACUUCCCCCUCCCCUCGUCCACCAACGGAAAUGACAUACGGAUGUGGAUUUUGAGAGUCGUUGGAGAGACAAAACAAACGCUGACGCGAACCCAAUAACAUAAACAAAUCGAGACUUCUACAUGGG